AUGAUAUCGCGCUGGAUUUCUCGCUGCCUACCUGGUUUUAGUGUCAUCAUUCUCCUCGCUCUAUUGCUAUUGACUGCCGAUUUCGUGCCUUUACCAUGGAAACGUCCGCUCUCGCCCUCAGACCCGGAAGACCUGACCCUGGCCCAGCGAGUUUUCAUGGUCUAUAGUAUCUUUGUGCACACUAAUAUGUUUGCGUUUACCGUCCGUCUGGCGUGGGCUUUGCUCAGGAUCCCCGUGGAGACUAAACGAGCCAUUGAUCGAAGGGUCUCUCGAGCACCAGAUCUCUCUCCCAGCGAAAGUGGCUAUCAAGGAACGUCAAGCCAGAAAUUGCCUGACUCGUCGGUUUUCGAGAUAGACAACAUUUCAAUAGAAGAGGACGAGGUCGUUCAUGCUAUCAUUCUACCGAACUAUAGCGAAGAUAUCGAUACUCUGCGAACCACUCUGAACGUCCUCGCCAGCCAUCCUCGCGCACGAGCUCAGUAUGAAAUCUACCUCGCCAUGGAGCAGAAAGAGACCGGCAGCUCCGAAAAGGCCACCAGUCUGCUCACGGCAUACGAAACCUGCUUCCUCGACAUCCGCGCCACAUUCCAUCCCUCCAACAUCCCCGGCGAGAUCGCAGGGAAAAGCUCCAACGUCUCCUUCGCCGCUCGGUACGUGGCCGAUGUCCAUCGAUCCGAGCUCUAUUCCACCGAAUGCAAUAUCAUAAUCACAGUCAUGGACGCCGAUACCCAUCUCUGGCAAGACUACUUCACCGAGAUCCGUCGCCUCCAUUUCACCUAUCCCACCGACGCCUUCAACACCCUCUACACCUGCCCCAUCAUCUUCGACCGCAACUCCAACGACACGCCCAUCCUCGUCCGCUGCGCCGACCUCCUCUGGAGCUUCGCCGGCCUGUCCACCAUGCAUCCCGCCUCGCCCAUCUCCAUCCCCACCUCCGUCUACUCCCUGUCCCUGCCUCUCGCAGACCGCGUUGGCGGCUGGGACACCGACCCCACCGCCAUCGGUGAGGACAUGCACAUGAUGCUGAAAUGCUACUUCGAGACCUGCGGAACUGUCGUCUCCCGCGUCGUGCACAUCCCCGCCAGCCAAUGCAACAUCUCCAGCGACGCCAGCUCCAGAUCCAAAUCCCUUCGAACCCUUUCCACCUGCACCGCUCGCUACCGCCAAGCCCUCCGCCACAUGUGGGGAGCCCUCGACUCCGGCUUUGCAGCACGCAACUCCACCUCGCUCGCCUCGCUCAAACUCCUCUCCAAGCCCCGGCACCUCGCCCUCCUCCACCUCCUCUUCGAAGCCCACUUCCUCCCCUGCCACAUCUUCCUCCUCCUUAUCUUCUCAGCCGCAUACCCGCAUCUGCACCCCUCCCCAACCUCCCUCCCCCCAGCCAUCCUCUCAACCCUAAACAUAACCUCCAUCCUGCGCACCCUCUCCUUCCUAGGCAUGAACAUCUGCCUGAGCCUCUUCGAGAGAUGGUACGGAUUGUGUCUGGCCCAGCGGAGAGGCGAUAUGUUGGCCGCGGGGCUGGGAGGCGAGGAGGUGGGCUUUUCAGAGAGGAGAGCGUGGUCUCUGGCGCAGGUUGCCGAGAGGGUUUGUUUUCCUGUCGCGGGGACGCUGUUCGGCGCUGUACCGACUUUUCAUGCGGUUUUUGCGCAUUUCGCGACGGAGAGGUUGGUUUAUAGGGUUAGUGGGAAGCCGGUUUUUGGUGCGGUGGUGAAUGCUGGGGGGUUUGGUGGGGGGAGGGUUUGA